AUGGCUGACUUAUUCUCUAGAGAUAAAGUAACAUUCUUCCAAACUCUAAAAAAAAUAACUAUAUUAAACCCUUUUAAAAAAGAUGGUAGCAUUUUUUCAUAUUUCAUUGAUGACUCUAAUUAACUACAAUUUGGAGAUAUUGCUAUUAGAAAUUGUCUUACCUAACUUAGUAUCAUAUCAAAUGGUCAAAAAUUUCGCCCUUUAAAACUUCCUUCUUUACCCCCCUUAAAUACGCUUGAUAUAACCGAGCUACAAAGAAGGAUGUCACGAAAUAAAGCAAUUAGCUUUGAUGGUGUAUCUGACAAUUUUAUUAGGAAUUGUAAAAAUGUCCAUAUUUUUUGUGAUAUAUGGAAAUAAUCUACAAUUGAAACCAACUACGCAUGCUGUAGAGCAAGACUAGUACCCUUAAACAAGGUUUUCCCCGAUAUCCCUACUAAAACUUAGUUUCGACCUAUUACAAUUCUAAGUCCCCUAUUUAAGCUGCUUGAAUUAAGAUUUCUGCCAAGACUAUAACAAUAUUUGUCCACUCGCUUAUCUAAAGGUCAAGCAGGAUUCAUUCCUGGUUCAUCUACUCAAAUAAAUAUCAUCAGACUCUUAAAUACUUUAACUGGUUACAAGAAAUAGGAUAAAAUGGAUUGCAUCUUUAUUGAUUUUAGCAAUGCCUUCAAUAGCAUAAAUAGAUAAAGACUAUUUAAUAUUUUAUCUGCUAAAUCAAUUUUGGAUGGCAUCGAAAUAAAAUUCCUUAAUCACCUCUAUACAAAUCUCCAUUAUAUUUGCCCAUAAAUGAAUACCACAUUUUACUUCUAAAACGGUGUUCCUCAAGGAUCUCCACUGUCUCCCGCACUUUUUAAUAUAUAUCUUGAAGAUUUUUUAGCUUCAUUAAAACAAAACUGUAAUUUUAAUUAUACUUCCUAUGAAUUUGCGGACGACAUUGUAAUUAUUAUUGCUCAUAGAAAUAUCCAAUCCUUUUUAUAAAAGUUGGUUUUAAUUUCUGAAGAANUGGAUGGCAUCGAAAUAAAAUUCCUUAAUCACCUCUAUACAAAUCUCCAUUAUAUUUGCCCAUAAAUGAAUACCACAUUUUACUUCUAAAACGGUGUUCCUCAAGGAUCUCCACUGUCUCCCGCACUUUUUAAUAUAUAUCUUGAAGAUUUUUUAGCUUCAUUAAAACAAAACUGUAAUUUUAAUUAUACUUCCUAUGAAUUUGCGGACGACAUUGUAAUUAUUAUUGCUCAUAGAAAUAUCCAAUCCUUUUUAUAAAAGUUGGUUUUAAUUUCUGAAGAAUAUGAACUUAGAUUAAACUAGAAAAAAUGUGGAAUCUUUUUCAUCCAAAAUCAUAAGCGCUGUUAAUAUAACAAUAUAUAAGGAUUUCCUAUUGUGAAAUCUUAUAAAUACCUCGGAAUAAAUAUAUUGAACAAUGGAAAAAUAAGUCUAUAGCUUGAUAAAGUAGAAUAAACUCUAAAAUUUUUAAGUGGAAAGUUGCUAUGGGUUUCUUAAAAACUUAAUUGGAAGCAGAAAUAUUAAUUAUUCUAAACUUUUCUCCUUCCACACAUACUCUAUAUUUGUCCUUCAAUCCCAACCUAGAAAUACAAAAACAUAUUUCAACGCUUAUAAAAAUUAUAUAAAUCUAGCUUUAAAAAGGUUUGUGGAUUUCCUAAAUGCUUACCUAACGAAUUUUUAGAUUUGAUAUUACCCCCUCUAGAACUUCUUAUAGCAAAGCAUACAAAUAAGGUUAUCAGUAGGAUGAACAACGGAAACUUUGGUUAAACUACUUUUAUCAAUAAUUACUUUAACGAGAUAGAAGAAAUGAAUUAAAAUUCAAUAUACAAAUUUCUCCCCAAUAAUUUUAAUUAGCUGUUCUACCUGUACCCUAAAAUCUGUAGGACCCACUAAUGUAAUCUUUCAUACCGCCAUAUAAUAAAUUUCCAUUCCAAUUUCCAUAUUUCAGAGUUUUUAAUAAAUCUAAGAGGCAUCUUCAAUAAUAAUUAGUAAAUACAAUAACCAAAAAACUAAUGUAAUAGAUUGGAAAAAAUAAUUGCAAAGCUUUUAACUGAAUGA